CGGAGCCAGUUCCUCCAUUUAAGAUGCUGACUUGUUUGUGCUGAGGGGACGAGGCUGAGCGGCCGUCUUUGUCUGUCAGCUCUGCAGCAGAGCAGGAAGCUGCAGCUCUGCGAGCUGCUGAUCUGUGGUUGAUAGGCCUCCUCAGAAACACACACAGAGGGAGGGAGAGGAGGGUUAACUGACAGCCAAACAGAGCAGGCGAGGAGUUUCAGUCCACGACUGCUAUGUGAGCGGACCCUCAUCCACGGCGGCUCUCCGUGCUGUGCCCGCUGCUGCUGUCCCGGGCCGUAAACACACAGAGGACACGGAGGAGGAGCAGCAGGAGGAACACAAGGAGGAGUGGGGUCAAGCAUGGAGCUGUAGGGACACGCUCAGAUGCCCGAGCAGAGCGACAGUGGAGGAGGAGUGCCGCUGAGGAGAAGAUCUCUGCAAUGAACAAACCCAAGAGGAAAUCCAAUGUGGAGACUCCCGGGGUGCAGAAGGGCAGGAAGCUGGUCCAGCGGAGGAGGAACACAUGCCCCAGUCCUCAGGACAUCAGCCGGGCGCUGCAGAACCCCAGCCCCGCUCCCAGCCCCACCGCGGCCAGCCUGGAUGAGCUCAUCCAGCGCUGCCUGCACUGCUUCGAUUCGGAGGGAAAGAUUUCCAGCCCAAAAGGCUCCCAGUUGGUCCACAUGACCCUAAUGAUGCACAGUUGGGUGGUGCCGUCUCAGAUGUUUGCCCAGAAACUUCUUGCCCUUUACAAGGAUUGUCCUUCCGACAAACGGGGACUCAGGCGGGCGCAGAUCUGCCACCUUGUCAGGCAGUGGAUUAGCCAGUUCCCAGCCGUGUUUGAGGUGGACCCCCUCCUGGAGCAGACCAUGGGGGACCUGUGGGCGCUGGUGCAGCUGGACAGAGAGAAGAUCCACUCGCAGCUCAUCGACACCUCCUGCUCAAGCCCUCACGUGAACGUCUCGCAGGCGCCCUCGCCAUGUGUGAAGAAGAGGAAGGUGUCUCUGAUCUUCGACCACAUGGAGCCGGAUGAGAUGGCAGAACAUCUCAGUUACCUGGAGUUCAAGAACUUCUGUAACGUCUCAUUCCUGGACUACCGCAGCUACGUGGUGCGAGGCUCAGUCAGAGAUAACCCCGCCCUGGAGCGGUCGGUCAUGAUGUGUAACGGCGUCUCCCAGUGGGUCCAGCUGAUGAUCCUCAGCAGGCACACAGCCCAGCAGAGGGCUCAGGUCUUCACCAAGUUCAUCCAUGUGGCCCAGAAACUGAGAUCUCUGCAAAACUUUAACACUCUAAUGGCCGUCACUGGAGGCCUCUGUCACAGUUCAAUCUCUCGCCUCAAAGACACGUCCAACCUGCUGCCCCCCGACGUCACCAAGGCUCUGAGUGAAAUGACGGAGCUGCUCUCCUCGCGCAGCAACUACAGCAACUACCGCCGGGUUUACAACGACUGCAAAGGCUUCAAGGUCCCCAUCCUGGGCGUCCACCUGAAAGACCUGAUCUCGCUCAACGAGGCCAUGCCGGACUACAUCGAGGAGGAGAAGAUCAACCUGAGCAAGCUGCAGCACCUGUACAGCAACAUCAACGACCUGCUGGCCAUCCACAGCUGCACGCCGCCGUUCGAGGCCAACAAGGACCUCCUGCAUCUGCUCACGCUCUCUCUGGAUCUGUACUACACCGAGGAUGAGAUCUAUGAGCUCUCAUACACCAAGGAGCCCAAGAACCCCAAGAUUCAGCCUGUAGCUUCAGUCAAGCCCCCGGUGGUGGCAGAGUGGGGGUCAGGGGUCACCCCGAGGCUGGACCCCGACACCAUCUCCAAACACGUCAAGCAGAUGGUGGAUUCCAUCAUGAAGAACUACGACCCCAACCAGGAGGGCUACAUCUCACUGGAGGAGUUUGAGAAGAUCGCCUCCAACUUCCCCUUCUCCUUCUGCACGCAAGAAACUGACAGGGAGGGGCAGAUCAGCCACGAGGAAAUCACCUCGUACUUCAUGAGGGGCAUGUCGGUGUGCGCCAAGCUGGGAUACAACUUUAACGACGCCCACAACUUCCACGAAAUCACCUACAAGCGGCCGACCUUCUGUGACACGUGUGGCGGCUUUCUGUGGGGCGUCAUUAAGCAAGGAUACCACUGUAAAGACUGCGGCAUCAACUGCCACCGACACUGCAGAGACCUGGUGAGGAUGGAGUGCCUGAAGAAACACAAAAACACCAGCGGCUCCUGCCCCUGCACCCCUGCCCCGGACUCCAGGGCCAAGGGCAACAGCUGGAGUUCAGAGGAAGAGACCUUCGUUUUCCCCCAGAGCAACGAGACUGAGAACAGCAGCAGGAGCUCCUCGGGCUCAAAGAACAACACUGACGACUCAAAGCUGUCGGACCGCUCCACUCAGACAGAACCGGGAGUCUGGACGCCAGAGAGGGACAAGCGGGGAGAGCGCCUCAACUUUGUUGUUCAUGGAUCUCCAGAAAGAAGGGUCAGCCUGCUGCCACAGAGAGCACGAGGAUGCUCCAUCCCAGUGUCUCUGCUGCAGAAGAUGGAGGAGCUGCACCUGCACAAAGACAAAAGCAGAGAGCCGGACUGAGCGCACGUUUCUGCGCACGGACAAGGACACAGCGGCUCCGUGUUUCUGACAAAACUGGAACUAAAACUCAUCCGAUGUAUGACUGUGGAACACCAGCAUUCCUGAAGGGACUUCCUGGACGUGGAUUCCUCACGUUUCUCUUUUCCAGUUUUCGGAGAAUAUUUCCUGAAUAAUUUAUGAACAGCUGUUUGUUUUUGGAGCAGGUGUGUCUUGGAUUUCUGGUGCUAAAGAUCUCAAACUCUUUCCUGAUCCUUUCAGGUCAGAAAAUAACCUUCAAAUCCUGGUAGACUUCACUUUGGCAGCUAAGACUGUAGUCAUGGAUUCAAGAGACUGAGGCCAAGAAAAAAAAAUCUGCUUUUAUUUACUCGGCUUUGGAUUGGGUGAUGCUGCUGCGGGAAAAGAAGAGCAAAACUUCCAUUAAUUCUCUUGUGGUACUUUAAAAAAAUAAUAAUAUCCAAACCAGAGGAAGAGGUUCUGAUGGAAACGUAGGAGCUGUGUGUGAAAAAUAAAUCUCUUCCGAAGCA